AUGCCACUGAUCCAGUCUGCAAGUGUCAUUGAUGAUACCGACGUAGUGGAAAUUGUUUUCAGGAAAACAGGAUCUAGAUUGGUGAACCCAACCUGGAGCCUGGAGAAAAUAUCUACCACAAGUGGAUUCAUGGGGACUUAUUACCGCCUAUCAGUGACCUUGAGCACUAACUUAAGCUUCUUUGUAAAAACUCUGCCUCCGGAAGGGCCCCAGAGAGAGUUUAUCCUACAACAUGGAGUCUUUAGUAAGGAGAUCAUCAUGUACGACGAAAUCCUACCUAAAAUUGGCAACGAGGAACCAUCCAAGUGGGCGCCAGACUGCUACCUCUUGAAGCAGGACGUAAUUGUGAUGGAAGAUUUAGCUUGCCAGACGUUUGCAACGCUGAACAAGCACCUGGACUUUGAUGUUCCAACCUUCGAGUGUCUUUUCAGAUGCUUCGCUAAGCUUCAUUCCAGGUCGUUGAUCUUCGAGGAGCAGAACAAGGUGUCUCUGCUGGAUUCCUGGACGGAAACGCUUAAGGAGAACCUGUUCAAGGACUCCGGAAGGUCCAUGAUGUACCAGGUGUCUGCUUUAAAAGGAAUCUGCUGCUUGAUUGACCUGGUCCUGCCGCCGGAAGCAAGACAGAAUACCAAGGACAAGGUUCUCCGUUGGGCAGGUAGAAUAUUAGAAGCUUUGGAGCCUUCCAAGAAGCACCGGAAUGUCAUUUGCCACCGCGAUGUUUGGUCAGCUAACUUCAUGUUCAAGAAAGUGGACGACAAGCUGGUGGAUUGCAGGUUGAUAGACUUCCAGUACUACAGCUAUGUUAAUCCAGCGAUGGAUUUAGUGGUGGCGAUGUAUUUGAACACCAGUCGCACUGUCAGGGACAAACUCUUUGAUCAACUGGUCAAGGGGUACUAUGAGGACAUUGGGAAGUUUUUAAAAGAAAAAGGUCUGGAUGUUGAUGAUGUAUUGCCCUGGGAUGACUUUAGGGAUUCGUGUAAAGAGGCUAGACCUUGGGGGAUGAUGUACAAUGUCUUUGGGCUCCAGAUGACUCUCCUAGAUGACCAAGCUUGCAAGCAGCUGGCUGAAUCUUCUGAAUUUAUGGAGGAUGUCAUCUAUGGCGAGAAGAGGGAUCAGUUUGUCAGCAGCCAGUUUCAGAGGAAUAAAUUGUUCAGGGACAAGUUCACGGAGAAUAUUUGGGAAAUUUUUGAGUGUUUGCCAGAAGAAAUUCCAUUGUGA